AUGGAGCAAAUCAGUCAAGAACUCGUCACUCACCCUGGAAGGUCAGUGGCUGGUGCAGCAAGGCUGUUGGCCGGAGCGACUGCCUUACUGUUUUGCAUGUACACUAUUGGAUUAUGGAUGUACAACCUGUAUUUCCACCCUCUGGCGAAGUUUCCAGGCCCAAGACUCAACGCCAUAAGUCCACUGCCCGGGAUUUAUUCCCUCCUACGAGGUCGCCUGCCUCUUGACAAUAAGCUGCUGCACGACAAGUAUGGGGCGGUUGUGCGAGUCUCUCCUAACGAGCUUGCAUUCAACUCAGCACAGGCGUGGGAAGAUAUCUACGGCCACCGGCAAGGGAGACCGAAUAUGCACAAAGACCCAAUCCACGUUGGUUCAGUCGACCCCUUACCUGGGGCGUCCACGCUUACAAUGGCGGACGACGAGAAUCACGCUCGUCAGCGUCGAGCACUCGCUCACUCUUUUAGCACCAAGGCCCUACUAGAGCAGGAAGAUAUCAUCCAAGGCUAUGUCUCCUCUUUUAUUAAGAGUCUACGCCGCAAGGCCGACGCCUCCGAGGCCUUCAACAUGGUCAACUGGCUCAACUUCACGACAUUCGAUAUCAUCGGCGACCUCGCAUUCGGCGAGCCCUUUGGCUGCCUCGAGAAGGGGGCAUUCCACUCCUGGGUCGCGUUGAUCUACGAAACAGUGAAAGUCGGUGCCCUCGAGCAAGCAACCCGCCGCUUCGCCCCUGCGGGCUCUUGGUUGCAGGCACAAUUGGUCAGCAUGAUCCCCCAGCACGUUCGGCAGCGCCGACGCAAUCACCUCGCGUACUCGAAAGAAAAAGUCCUCCGGCGCCUGGCCAACCAUAAAGCGGACCACAAGGACUUCAUCUACUACAUCCUCAAACAGCGCGAGAAGCACGAUUUGAAAGAAAACGAAAUCGUGCUCAACGGCGCCUUGUUCAUUGUUGCCGGCUCGGAGACCACCGCGAACCUGCUCUCUGGGCUGAUCGCUCGCCUGAUCUGGAAUCCAGAUAAAAUGGAGAAGCUGUGCGUCGAGAUCCGCGCCGCCUUCAGCUCUGAAGAUCAAAUUACCUACGACUCGACAUCGAAACUCGUCUAUCUGAACGCAUGCCUCGAAGAAGGCCUACGCAUCCACCCGCCCGUCCCAACAGGACUGCUGCGCACCGUCCCGGCCGGAGGCGACACGAUCGACGGGCACUUUGUCCCCGGCGGUACAUCCGUGGCAGUCGGCAGCUGGGCCGCCGCACACAAUCCCGCACACUUCAAAGACUGCGACACUUUCAUACCCGAGCGCUUCAUCGACCCGGCAUACAACGCCACGGAUAACAAAAAGGGUUUCCAGCCGUUCUCCCUCGGUCCACGGGGCUGCAUAGGCAAGAAUCUGAGUUACAUGGAGAUGCGGUUGAUUCUGACGCGCUUGCUGUGGAACUUCGAUGUCGUGAGUGUGGACGGUGCGUGGCAGUGGAAUCCGCAGGGCGAGAUGCGCAACAUGCGCGCGUUUAUGACUUGGGAAAAGCCGGAUCUAAAUUGUAGGCUUGUGAGGGUGGAGAGGGAGUGA